AUGGAACAUGAGCAAAGUGAACUAAAUAGAAGAAUAUCGCAAUUAGAGAUUUCUGUGAAAAGGGCGAAUGAAGCAAAAAUUGCUGCACAAGAUAAUCUGCAGAAGAUUCAACAAAUACCAGAGCUGAGUGAAACACCGGGCCGACGAGCAAGAUCAGCGAGCCCAGGUUGUUACUGA